AUGGACUCGACAAAUAGCUCGUCAUCUUCAUCUUCUCCGAGCCGGUAUGAGAGCCAGAAGCGUCGCGACUGGGACACAUUUGGGCAGUAUCUAAGAAACAACAAGCCACCACUUUCUUUCACUCACUUCAACCCUAGUCAUGUUCUUGAGUUCCUACACUAUCUUGAUCAAUUUGGAAAGACUAAAAUCCACAUCUUAACAUGCCCUUACUUCGGAGUACCAAACCCACCGACAGCAUGCCCUUGUCCCUUUCGGCAGGCCUGGGGGAGCCUUGACGCGCUUGUUGGACGUCUCCGCGCAGCUUACGAUGAGCAUGGAGGGAACCCGGAGACAAAUCCAUUUGGUGCGCCGGAAGUGAGGCGGUUUUUAAGGGAGGUUCGUGACUUUCAGGCCAAGUCAAGGGGUAUCAGCUAUGAGAAGAAGAGGAAACGACCUAAGCAGCAGCAACAGCAAGAAGAUCAACAGGAGCAGGCAUAG